AUGUAUAUUGAGCUUACACCCUCACCCUUCUUCAGACCCGAACCGGUGAUGCCUCCCCCAGGCCCGAAGAGCGAUGUGCUGGCGCGCCUUCGCUCCAAGGAGGAGCAGAUGUUCCUCAAAUGGAAUGUGGUGAUGAAACCCAGUGAGCUCCUGCGUGGCAUUGCUGCAAACCGUGAGAAUUCUCGUGCUCUCUUUCACGGUUUGAGACGCCAGAUCAGGGCCAUCCGUCGUCGCUCCCAGGCCUAUCGUGAUGGCCAGGUCACAAUCUUCGACCUGGUCCUGGUUCGCCUCUUUGAUGCUGGACACACCAUGCAGGACUAUGGACUCCUUGAGUUCUAUCUCGCUGAAUUCCUGGGAACCAGAGACUGCGUCUCAAACGCUGAUGCCAAUCGCAUCGUCGCAGCCCACCUUGCUGCCCAGCGUAUCCUGGACGAUGGUCCCAUCGACGAGCUUCCAACCGUGAAGACUGCCAAUGUCCAAGACGAGGAGCUCACCAGCACCCAGAACAGCACUUCUACCCGCUAUUCUGAGGAUGUCAAGCCACCUCACCUCGACAAUCUCAUCAGGGUCUACGAGAAAGCCAAAGAUGACAACCACAAGGUCGGCGCCACCCACAGCCACAACGAACGCUCCAACAGUAUCCGAUUUCUCCGUGACACCGCCGAGAACCUCCUGCGCUAUCUCGAGACAGUCGAUGAACACCACGAGCUGAUUCCUGAGCUAAAUGAUGUCGUCAAGAGCAGCCAGGCCCGCGCCGAGGAGCUUGCUGGUGGCCGCAAGCGCAAGUUCGAGCAUGAACGCCGAUCGCCCUCCAUGAGCCCUUACCGUCCCACCGGAUACACCUAUGAGUACGACCACCGCACGGGCCGUGGCGGAUACAUCAAGGAUGGAUGGGACCACAGCCGUGUCUCUGAGACCUGGAACCGUGCAUCUGACUCUUAUCGUCCGAGAUAUGCGCUGCGCCGUCACUAA